ACGCAGUGGCAGCGUUGGGUCGAUGGGCGGGUGCAACAGCCCGUCCCAGUUUCUCUGCGAGUUUGUUAAUAUUUACCGAACAAAGUUUCUAGCUAAUGUUUUGCUGGAGGGGCAACAAGUUCUUGUUGUAUCACAUCCAACCAAGGCGCAAACGAGUUUAAGCAGCCUUCAGGAAUUACUACUGUUUUGGAUGUCUUUUUCUUUUGGACACGAGCGAAUCGAGAUGCAUUCAUUCAGAUUUUAACUUUCAGGCUCAAGUAGGAUACUUGUUGGGUAACUUGUGUGACUUUGUGUAAGGAUGUCCUCCAAUUCAACCAAGAAUUUUCCACUGACAGCGAAUCAUCUGACCAUUAUCAUCGCUUCAGUGUCCUGCCUGGUGUUCUUCAUUAUGAUCAUCCUGCUUCUCGCUAUCCUGUACCGGAAAGACCCGCUGUGCUGCAGGUUCUACCGGGGCUCACAACACCAUACCGAUGUCCCUCCACACUACCACAGCAGACAGUCUCUAGUGGGCUGCUCCUACAACCAGCAGGGUGCUGGUACAACCCCCGGAGAGAUGGACCCCCAGCAGCUAGGGAGGCUGUUCAUCGUUGGCAAACCCAGCAGUUACCACCUGCAGGGCCCACCGCCCCGCCUGCCGUCCUACGAGAGCGUCCGGAAGAAGGACCGGCAGAGACUCAUCCACUCCAUGAUCGCUGACCGCUUCGGCCUCAACGGGCCUUACUCCGACUCUGAGCCCCCUCCAACAUACGAGGAGACCCUGCGCCGCUCUGUGGAGAUUUCUGCUGUGGACUUACAGUCGCCAGAGACCCCCUCCUCCAGCAGCCUCACCUGCCCAGGACCCUCCCCUGCGGUCUGGGCAGAAGCCCCCGUCUGUGGCCCCCCAGGCCUGGAGCCCAGGGGCCCUGCAGCCGACCAGCAGUGAUCUCUUCUGAAGGCCCUCAUUGUGAUGGAGACAGAGGGGCCACUCAGCCUGUGCUGUCUGCCCGGGGGUCAGGAGGAGUUUGGAAUGGAGGUGGCUGCGUCCUUCUGGAGGUCUCUGCUCCUGUGAGCUACUUUUCUGUGAACUGACCUGCGGACGGUUUAAAGAAGCUGUCAAAGAGCAGGAAUUACGUGUACAGAGUGUUGACAAAACAAACCAAAGAAGUGUGCGUCGUUUGUGGAAUAGUCGUUAGAACGCCGGAACAUCACGUUUCCUACGUGGAAACAACUUCUUUAAGUUGUAUAAGAAUCCCACAGAAUCCCGCCCUAGUUACUCUUGUUAAUCAAUCUGAAGCCUUCUGAUUCAAGGAAUAGUGUGUUUGUACAGGUAAACUCGUCUUCACGUAGACCAUGCAGAACCAACUCAAUGGACAUGUGUUUUCACAAAAUGACAAACUACUAAGGGUCAUUUUUUAACCCAGGUUAAAGAUUAACUAAAUAUUAUGAACAUAUACUGGAAGAACUUAAAUGUGCUGAUAUGUACGGAUCUGACUCAUGCUGUGUACAGAUGUAACUAAGCUAGCAAACAAAAUUAGACAAUAUUUGUACAUUUCUAUUAAAUAUCCUCCUUUAAGUUAUAUAAUAAAUAACUUACCUCUUUACAGAUUCUGUAAGUUACUGAUGACAAAAUUCCUUAUGGCACAAACAUUUCCAUACCAUAGAUAGCAAGUGAGGCUCUGAAGGGAGUUACGACCUCUCUUUGACCUUUUCUACUUCUUGGAAAUUCAGCUCUCACCCUCCUCACCACCCCUCAGCAGAACCCACUGUUCCUGUACACAGUCAUGACUCCUCCCACUUCCUGGAGAGGAUUUCCAUCAUGAGAGUUCUAGAAGCCGCUGGUGUUGACAGUACCAGGCACUCAUCCCCUCCCUUACAUACCACAACUGCAGCUCUCCCCCAGACCUCUCCAGCUGGGCUGAGUUACUCCUUCACAGGUGCAUAAAGUCUCUGUGUUUCAGUGUGUCUCCCUUCUCCAUAUAACUCCCAGGUUGUCCUGUAACCUGAGGUUGUAUUACACAGGUUGUAUUAAUACGUUGGUGUAAUAACACUAGCUUGUAAGCUUGUAACUAGCAGUUAGCUUGUAAGACUCAGACCCAGAGGCAUGCUUUAUGGUUAUUAAUAAGAGACUGGAGAGAACCAUGAUCUGUACAAUAGUGACACUUUUGGUUUCUUUCAAGACCCCCUCGUGGUUAGUAACAGCAGACAAUGCUGUUGUCUGCUCUUGAGACCCCUUGUGGCCAGUCGACAGAACUGCAGACAAGGUUUUUCCAAUCAACUGUAUGGAUGUAUUUCCUAAAUGUCAACAGAUAUUCAUGGGAUGGCUGGGGAAGUUCAGGAAUUUUCACAUUGGUUCUUCGAUCUACUGCCUGACCAUUAAAGAGUAAGCCUAUGCACUUAAAUACAAAACUUUAUUCUUGUGACAUGUAUUUUGCACACAAAUCUAGACAGAUGACAGUUAACAUACAAGUCAUUCCUCCACAAUCAAACACUCACAUCGAUGAACACAAACUCUCUAUGAGUCAUAAAUGACCGUACUCCACCCUUGGACAGCUUCCUUUAUCAGAGUUCCUUUAUGACCUUAU